GCCCCGCCCCGGCUGAGGCGCCGCCGCCGCCCGGUGUCCGCGGGGCGGCAUGAGGAGAGCCGGGGGCGGCUGCCGGGGCCGCCAUGUCGCUGCUGUGCGUGCGAGUAAAAAAAGCUAAACUCCAUGGACCACCAGAUAAAUUCAAUACGUAUGUGACCCUGAAAGUGCAAAAUGUGAAGAGCACGACAGUGGCCGUGCGAGGUGACCAACCCUGCUGGGAACAGGAUUUUAUGUUUGAGAUCAGUCGGCUGGACCUGGGCCUAAUUGUGGAAGUAUGGAACAAAGGACUGAUAUGGGACACCCUGGUUGGGACUGUGUGGAUUGCUCUGAAGGCCAUUCACCAAUCUGAUGAGGAAGGUCCUGGGGAGUGGUCUACGCUGGAGGCAGAAGUUGUAAUGAAACAUGAUGAAAUCUGUGGAACCAAAAACCCAACUCCUCAUAAAAUUUUGCUGGACACAAGAUUUGAAUUACCAUUUGAUAUCCCCGAAGACGAGGCCAGAUACUGGACCAGAAAAUUAGAACAAGUAAAUUCACUGGGAGAUGAUGAGUAUUCCUUUCAGGAGGAAGUCCAGAAGAAACCAUUGCCCAGUGCUGCCUCCCAGUGUUGCAACUGGAGUUAUUUCGGAUGGGGAGAGCAGCUGACCUUUGAAGACGCUGACAGUGCCGUGGAUGACCGGGACAGCGACUACCGCAGUGAGACGAGCAACAGCAUCCCUCCUCCGUACCACACCACUGUGCAGCCCAACGCCUCCGUGCACCAGUUCACGGGCCCCGCUCGCCUGCAGAAGCAGGGGGUCUUGCGGGAUUCCUGUGCUGACUCCCUCCAGAACUAUGAUCUGGAUUAUCGGGAGCCCGUGGCCAUCAGACAAGGAUCUCUAACUAGAAAUGAAAGAGUCAGGAUCAUUCCAUUUGACACUGAAGAUGGAGAAGAACAGGAUAGUAACUAUGAAGAGCUAGGAAAACUGUUAAUAGAGGAGUUCUUAGAAAAAACUCAUAAAACUAGAAAUUGGCAUGAGAAAAACAUGAAAAAGAUGCAAACUCUCUCAAAAAGAGAAAAUUUCAAUCACUGUGAGAGAUCAAGGUGCUGUCAAGAUGUGUAUCUGGGGUCAAGGUCUGUAGAUGUCCCUAGAUAUCCUCAGGAAUAUGAUACAAUUGACAGAAGAAGGAAAAAGAAGCUGCGAUACAAUUUUGAAGAGAGAAAACGAAUAAGCCUACAAAGUAAUGGAGGUCUGCAGUUUCCUGGGGAGAAAACAGUUUAUUUCAAUGGUGUGGCAGCUGGUUCUGAACCCACUGAUGAUUUCCCAGUAUAUGAUAGAAUUGGAAAAUAUAUCAGUAACUCUGAAAGUAAGGAACGGUUGCCUGCUUAUCCAGACCCAGUCCUGCGUCCAUACAAAAAUGGGUUAAUGGUUAAAAGUGGCAAGUUGCCCAACAAGCAGGGGAUGAACCAUGAGGACUCACUUCACCUAAGUAACACUGAGGACAUGAAACACAUGGGGAUGGUAGAGAACACUUUUGUGCCUGUCGACGUCCUUGAGGAAUUUGACAGCAGUGCUUCUGAUGAGUUCCAGUACUCUCCUGUUUCAGAUGAUGAAAUGGAGGAACUGGAUACACUUUCAAAAAGAUGGUGUGAUUCUGACAUCAGCCAUUUGAGAAACAUAACUGCUAAUUUCCCUGCAAAUGCAGGUUCCCAGUUAAAGGCUAGCUCUGAUAAAAACCAUAAAACUAAAGAGAGCAAGCGUGGUCAUUCUGUGCAAGACUUAACACUGUCUCCUGUUGAAGAACCCAAUGAGGAGUACAUAGACACGAUGGAUGAACUUCAGUGUCUGGUAGAAUCAGUCUCUGAAUACUUGGCUGAAAAGGAGGAAGAAAUCAGCAAAUUUGGUACAUUGCCAGAAACAAAAAAAAAUAUUGAGAGUGUGCCACUGAAGCAGGAUAAUGCUGAUAAUUCAUCAGAAGCUAAAAAGUCUGAGCAGACCAAACAUCCUGCUGCAGAGGAGAGUACCAAAGGCAAAUCUGAAUCUCUUCCAGACUUGUCAGGUGUGAAAAAUACAGUGAAUUCCCUGUUCAGCUCUUUCACAGAGAAGGUGGGGUCGAGCACAAAGCAGCUCACAGCCUCUGUUGAAAAACUUGUUUCUUCCACUCCAGAAAAUACAGAAAACAAAAACUCAUCAGAAGGUGGAAUCUUGAAUGUAUUUACUAGUAAGUCUAAAACUGAGAGUUCUUCUUCUGGAGGGGCAGCAGAUAAUAAAUCUGAUGCCAAGUUCUCCAUUCAGUCUUUGCUACUAUCCCAGGUGAGCAGUGAUAAAAGAGCCCAGAACACAAACUCCAACAAGCCAGAAGCCGCUGAGACAGACAGUAAGGCUUCUGCACCACAUCCUCCCCAGCAAAUGCAAGGAAAUUCUGCCGACAGCCAGCAGAACCAGCAUUCAGUUGUGAAUUCAGUUCUAGGCAUGUUUAAUCCUUUAAAGAUCUUCUCUGAGAAGGAGGUGCCAAAACAAGAAGUCUCAAAAGAGGAGCGCACCAAGGACAGCCAUGCUGUCAAAGUUGAGGAGGCAAAAAGGAGCGAAACACCAUCUGGACAGAUGUCAGCCAGGACCAGCAGCACUGUUCCAGAGGCACAGAAAAGUGAGACUAGAAGUGAGGCAGAGGUAAAUGCAAGUAGCAGUUCUGUGUCUUCGAUCUUUGGCAGGCUGACAAACUCAGUCAGUUCCUUCAGUCUGAAAGCCAAUCUUGAUGGUCUCUUGGCUCCCAAGCAGCAGGAUGUGCCACAGAAGCAGCCAGAUUCGCAUCCUAUUACAAGUCAGCCAGGUGCCACUUUGGUAGAGGGUACGCCCACUGCCAGGGAGCAGUCUCCUGCAAAUCGCUCAGAGGAUCAGCAUCCUGCAGGCCAUGGACUGGCAAACAAGCAAAACAGAGGUAAUGUGGAACCUAAGGUACAGCCUCAAGAUCAGGGUACAGCAUCUGAAAGCUUUUUCAACCCACUCAAAAAGUCUUUCAGUCAAUUGUUGCUUCCUUCUGCUGAACAAGGGCAGAAAGAAAGUACCUCUGAACAUUUUAAAGGCCAUAAGUCUGUGGAGGAUGUAAGACAAAAUAGUUCAUCAAAGGAAGACCACACAUUUCCUUUCACUGGAAAACUUCCUUUUAUCAGUGGGCUGGGUUCUUCAGCAAAGCAGGAACAGAGGAAUGAGAAGGGAGGCUUUAUUUCAUCGUUAUUUAAAUUUUCUUCUGCAGAAAAUCUAGCACCUACACAGGACCAAAAAAGUCGUCAGGGUUCUAGUGGCAGUUCUUUGCAUGAAGGCAGAAACAGUAAUUCAGGAAGUGCUGUUUCACUAAAAUCGAGCUCAGUUCCAAGUUUAUCAGACAAUAAGGAGGAACUUUUACGAAGGAGAAACAUUAAUAAAGAAGACCUACCUACUGUCCAGGUAAACAGAGAAGAACACCAGGAGAGUGCCUCUGUUACCCUUAAGGCCAAAGAAGAGCAGCAGAAAGCUAAGAGUACUCAAGAAGAACCUAGAAAUGUAAAAGGAGGACUGAUGAAAGAAGGAGUAAAUGCAGCAGACUUAAGCAAAGGCUCAGUUGAAUCCACCUCUUCAGCCAAAGGACCAGAAGUUCCAAGUGGAGAUGAUACUCAGAAGAAGCACACACCAGGUUUUCUUUCUGGGUUUCUUCACAUUUCUUCCAAUGAAAACACAGCCAAUAAUCAAGACUUGACUGCUAAAAGCGAGGGUGAUAGCCAGAAAAGCACUUCUCCUGGAUUAUUUUCUGGCUUAUUUAGGUUUGCCUCAAGUGAAAACUUGUCUGAGUGUAAGCAAGAGAAGGCAAAACCAAAUUCUCUGGGCUUCAUGAAGCUUUUUGAUAGAGGUGAGGAUUCUAGCUCGGAGACAAAACCCAGUAAUUCUGGAAUGGCUUCUGACAGUCAAAGCAGCACUGGAGAAAAGCAGGAAUCUUCCAGCUUCUUAAAAAAUCUGCUGCCCAAACCAAAGGAGAAGCAGGAUAAUGUGAAAACAGGGGAAUCUUCCACUACCAACCACUCAUCCAGUGCAAGAGUAAAUGAAACAACUGAGCCCCAUGUUCCCCGUGGUGGGCAUCCUGUGCUCCCUGAGGCCCUAAAUCUGCAAGCCAAGGUACAGGACUUAUCUGGAAAGCCUGUAAAUAGUAGGCAUAUUCCUCAACAGGAUACAGAAUCUAGAGUUCUUCCUACUACUUUAAACAAAGGAUCAAAUGAAUCUCUCAAUUUGACUAAUAAAAGCUAUAACCCUAUGGAGCAGUACUCAGCUUAUCAAGAAACAAGGAGCCAUUCUAGCUUUGAAUGGGAAUAUGAAGUGGGGGGACUGGCUGACACUCAUGGAAUAGCAGUACCAGUUUACUACGUGUUAAACCAGAACUCUGUUCUGCCCCCUCAGUUGUUGGACUGGCCUGAAAAUGAUGUGGUAGUGAAUCUCUGUAAAAAGGAUGGGAAUGCAAAUGUGAUGGCUUGGCAGACUAAUGCCAAUUUUGAUGGACAGAGUUUAGAUUUAAGUGCGGUAUCAUAUGAGUCAUUUGACCAGUUAAUGUUUCAAGACAUUUAUUUGGAAGAAAACGAUGCAUGGACUGCUGAUUCUCUCAAUGAAAGUUACAGUAACUUUCCACCCUUUGAAAGAGACAGCAGUUACUCAUUCGAAGAGUUGCCCAUGGAUUUGAGCUACUCCUCUGGCUGUGAUGGAACGAUGUGGACUCUAAUUGACCAAGAGACUUUAAGUAUGGAUGAAGGGUUAAUGUACUCAUCCUAUAGCCAGGAGUAUCAGGAGUGGAUAAUGAUGCUUGAGCAGGGUGUGUGGUGGCCAUCAGAAGAUGGUGAUUGUGGAUACUACAUGUACAGUGACAGCCAGUAUGUGUAUUCCCUGCUCACUGAUCCCACUGGACAGUAUGUCUAUGUGUGUGCUCCUGAAACUGACUCCUACCUGAACUGCUGGGAUUAUAAUUUCCAGAUGGAUUCCAUUCCAAGAGCUGUACUAGAAGACAACACAAUUGCCGUUUGUGGUUUCAAAGUCCCUCUUGGCAGUGAAGAUGAGCUAUUUUGGUUUGCUGAAGAAGAAUGUCUAGAUGAUUAUACAACAAAUAAACCCUUGGAUUUGUCAGUAGCUUUGCAGAGGAGCGACCAGCUAAUGAACAUGAAUUUGGAAACUUUUUCACAAAUGUUUGAGGAGUCUAUUUAUUAUCAGAGAGAGCAGCCAUUAGACUUCUCAGGUUAUAAACUUCAAAAACUCAAAGUAGAUUUCAGACCUGAGAAGGAAACCCGGAAUCAUUUAGAGGAGCCUCCGUUAACCCUUGAUCUCAGAACACAUUCCAGAGUGGCUGUCAGUAAAUCGCUAAGUAAGGAAGUCCACACCAAGGAAGUUGAUAAGGCUGUCCCUGUGACGACUUCUGGGAGCGGGUCAUCAGGAUUCUUUGGAUUCCAGCUGUUCCAGUCUACUACUAAAGCUGAAGAAACUUCAGCAUCGACUGAAAGAGUAACAGAAGCAAAAAAGACUGAGGAAGAUAAGAAAACACCAGUGAAUAAAGUUAGCUCCUUAUUUUCUGCUUUGGGUGGACUAAUUGGAAAGUCUACAAGCCCUGGCUCUGAGACAUCUGAAGAUUCUACCUUGAAGAGAACAGACACACAGUCGAUAUCAUCUGAAAGUAAGAUUGGUGUUUUAUCACUUACACCAAAUAAAAAAUUAGAUGAAGAACAAGUAGGGCAGAAGUUUCCUGUUACAUCAGAAUCGAGAAGAAAUACUGCGUCAGAACUUAAUUUGGAGGCUGCUAGAAAUGAAAAGCCAGAAUUACACCAGACUGAAAACAUCCAUGUUAAAAAGCCGGGAUUAACAAGAUCUCCUUCUACACUGAGCCAAACUGCUGCGGAUGGCAGGCCCAUACGAGAAGAGAGACCUGUUAAAGCAGCACCAGCUUCCAGGCGUCUUGAAAGGCAUGCAACCAUUAAUGAACCAAGUCAGCCACACCCAAAUCAGAGCCAACCAGCCACUGAGCCUGAGGAGACAUUAUUUAAAAGUGCUCUGAAAUUGUUCAGUCUUGGAGAAGAUUCUCCUGCAAGCUCAACUUCCAGCAAACCCCAAUCUUCUGGAUUUUUUGAUUUCUUUAAAACACAAAUAAGCAAAGAACCGCAACCAUCAGCAGAACUGGAGAAAAGGCAAAGUAAUAAACCAGAAGAGGUGAACCAGCCAGAACAGAAGGAAACCUCUGGCAUCUCAUCUUUAUUUGGAUCCCUUGGAGAUAUCUUCAAAGUGGAGCCUAUGUCUUCUCAACCCCCCUCAAGUACUACGACUCUGCCAAAACCCAGUAGCAGAACUGUGGCUGAGCCAAGACAGAAACCUGAGAAGUCUGGGGGUCUUCAGAGUGCCAGUAUGCCAUGUCUGUCCUCCACCCCUAAGGAAGGGGUGAGAACUGAAGGCAUGGACAAGCAUGUCUCUCCUAGCCCCAGGAUGCAAGUGGAACAACAAAGCAAAAAAGCUGUGGAGGAGUCUCCUGAGAAUAAAAAAGUGCCUCCUGUAAACGUUUCACAGAAGCCAGUGGGUGCAGGUCCCAGAGUAAGCUGGCUGGGCCAGCCAGCUGGGCAGCAAAGCAGCACACCCACGGUUACACCAAAGCCACAAGGAGGUCGUGUAGGAGACACAGCUAAUCAGGCAAAACCAAAGCCAGACCAGACACCCAAAGAGUCGGGUUUCAGUUUGCCAUUCAGCUUCUCUGAUAUCACUGCUCCGAAAUCCCAGCCAGCCAGUAAGAGCAUAUUCUCCUUCUUCACUGGAUCAGAUGAACCAAAGCCUUCAGCACCUGCUGCUCCUCCUGCUAGUGGGAAACAACAGGAAACAGAGGGGCUGUUUCAUCUGCCCUCCUUCUUCUCCAGUGGUCCAGCUCCUGACAAGAGUGUACCUCAAAGAAGUACUAGUUUUAGCUUCUUCAGUUUGUCAUCAUUUUUGGAUGAAAAGCCACAAACUGCUCCAGGACAGGAAAAAACAGCUAAACCAGUGAAUGCUAAGCCACAUAUGAAACAAAGUGUUUCCACCAACUCUGGUGUCAAAACCAGCAGUUCUACCAGGCAACAAGAUGUAGACAAUAGAAAAGAAGUUGAUGACAUUAUUGCAGCAGUGACUGGCAAACAAACGUCUAAUGACCUCGUGAUCCCAGAAAAUAAAUCAGAAAAGCUGGCAGUGGAAAAUGCAGAAAGUAUUGCUGCAGUAGCUGAAGAGAGUGGUUUAGAAAAGCUUCCACAGACCGCUGGAGAGAGUGGCUUAGGAGAGCUUCCACAGGCCAGUGAACAGAGUGACUUAGGAAAGCUUCCACAGACCGAGGACAAUGCAGUAACCAGUUUGUCUGCUCCUGGUCCUUGCCUUCAGACUUCCACUGUGCAGGAGGGUUCUCAGGAUGAGCAGAGUAUUUCCCUAGGGGUAGAAGAUGCUUUGGGUAACACAGAGAAAAUGGACAGUGUUGCAUUUCCUACUGAUGAAGAGCUUUAUUCUUCCAAAGAGCAAACUUCUGAAAAGGUUGAUCAUAGUGUGGCCUCAGGUGAUAAGAUGGAUUCCCAGCGUCUAUGUGACUUAAAGAGUAUGAGUGACAUGAAAAAUGAAGUGGUCUCUGAAGAAGUACGUGUACGGAAUGAGCUGCCAGAACAAAAAGUACCUGUACAAACGGACAGAUUACAAGGGAUGCAACAGCCACAUGUUCCUCCUAAAAUGCCAGAGGCACCUAAUUUGCAAAGCCAACCAAAGGAACCUGAGAGUGAUAAAUCAGUUCUGGAUUCUUCAGUUGAAAUGUUUUCAAGUUUCAUGACAAAAAUGAAACCACCUAAAACAUUUUCUGGUUUCUUUUCUCAACCUCAAGCUGCUGCACCUCCUUCUGCGCAGAAGAGGAGCUCCUCUUUCUUUGGUUUCUCAUCCCUCCCAAGUGGCCCAGCACCAUCUUUCACAAAUGAUAUAUUUGGCAUCUUCAAAGGUCCAAAAGAAUCUCCAAAAGAGAUGCCUCCAAAAUUCACCCCUAAACCUCAAAGCACUAGUGUAAAGGAUGUCACUGGGUCUGUUCCAGCAAAAGACUCUAGGGAGAGUGAAAAUACAGCUGCAGCCAGAGAGUCUAAAAGAGAUGUCUCUAGCUCUGUGAAGAAGGAUGUAGUACCUGUUUCAACAGAAGAGAACUCCACAAAAGAGUCUUCUAUGAAAACAGAAACUGAGGAGAAGAAGAGCUUGGAAACCUCUAAAGAGGAACCUUUGAGGGCUGCUCCAGAAAUGGGAGUGUCUAGUGGGAAUGCAGCCCUCGAGGUUCUGCAGCAGGAUAGUGAAGCACAGCCCUCUGAGGUGGUAGAUACUCAGCCAUGCCAGUCUGAUCUCAGUGGUGCAAUUGAUGCAGUGCAGGCUGAGGCCACUGACCAGGCUGAUGUAGGUACUUACCAACCAGAUGUGGGGUCUUCAGGUGUAGCAGAGGAACAAGCUGCUCCUGCAGACAAGGAAGCCACUGACAUCCUUCACACUGGCUCUACUGAUGAGCUUGUGCUGGAAGUGGAAGUCCAAACUAACAAGGCAGACACAAGCCUUUUGCAGUUAGAUGAGAGUGCUACAUUUGAGUCAGAGCCUGCUGUUACAGGGGAUCAGGCCGAUGUUGGUAUUGAUCAGCAGGACUUGAUCAGUAGUAAUAACAAAGAACUCACAGCUCUAGCUGAUGAGCCCAGUGUUCAUCUGCCUCAGCUGAAUGAAGAGAAGACAAGUGAGGUAAAACAGCAAACUGCUGAACAGGAGAAACAUUUAACAAUUGAUGAGGUGCCUGCAGAAGGGAUAGCUUCCAAAUCUGACUUGGAGAAACAUUUAACAGUUGAUGAGCCGCCUGCAGAAGGGAUUGCUUCCAAAUCUGACUUGAAGAAACAGGGUAAAACUAAUAAUGUUGCUCCAGAUACAAGCAGUAGUAAACCUGUCUUUGAAAUACCGAACAUACCCAGUUUGCCAAAAUUUGGCUUUAUGUCAUCUGAUAGUGGAAAACCUUUUGGGUCAUUCUUCUCUCAGCAGCCACCUUCUGCUAAUAAAACAGGAACAGAUGAGGGCCUUGUGUCCAGUUUUAAGAAACUCUCUAUGUCUCUCUUUGAAGGAGGUGGUGAAGAAAAGGUGAAUAAGCCAGAGAGUGCCCAAGGAGCAGUAUUUGGGAAAAAGCUGGAUUUCUCCUUUCCCUGGCAAAAAGACAUCAAGGAGACCUCUGCCAAAAAGGAACCACAUGUACUACCACAGGCUUUGUCAAAACCAGAUGACAAGGUGUUAGGAACAGUCAGUUCAGAAGAAAGCUCAAAAUCUGCAGUCUCGGAUCAAGUGACUGAUGCAAAUGUAGAAGUAAAGUUGUCUUCAAAGCAGGCUGACGCUGUAGACAAUGAAUGUUCUGAAGAGCCAUCUGGUGCAAGCACUGUUGAUGAUACAUCCAACAAAGAACUGGGAGAAAACCUUGACAAAGAGUCAGAAGAUCGGCAGAACGUGAUUUCAGGUGAACUGCAGAAAGAGGAUCAGGCAGAGGAGCAUGUGCUGGACAAGCCUGAAGAGAAAGAAACCGGGCUUGAUUCUGCUUCUGAUGGAGCAGUACUGCAUCCUGACACACUGGCUCCAGAUCUGCAUAGUGUGGAACAACUGAAUGAGAAAAGUCCUGCUGGCAGUAGUAGAUACGGCUCCUCUUGCAAUGUCAGCCAGGAAAGCUCUCACCUGAGUGAGCUGGAACAUUCCCAUGAAAGUGCCCAUGGCUCUGAGCAGGAAGAUGAUCACCAGGAAAGGCAGUCAAAUCAUUCUUACCACAGCUCGGGCAGCUACCAAAAAGAUGGUCAGGCAUGCCUCAAGGAGCAAGAGGAGCCUCAUGGCAAAGGAGAGAAGGAGAAGGUCUGCAAGACUGAGGAAAAACCUGCAGACCAUUCUGCAGCUAAGUUACCUCUGGAACUUGAGAAGCCCAGGGACGCUGAUGCAGGAGUCCAAAUGAGCUACCAGGGUGACAUCGAGCCACCACCGUUUCCUCCAGCAAGAGCCCACUGGAUUAGAGCCAUUAGCAAAGUCCGACUGCAGCUUCAACAGGGCCAAGAUGAGGCUGAUCCAUCGAAACCACCCUGGCUCAAAGGAGGGCCUGCCGGUGGCCUCUAUGGCAUCGAUAGCAUGCCUGAUCUACGCAAAAAAAAGCCAAUUCCACUUGUCAGUGAUCUGGCCAUGUCACUGGUUCAGUCCCGAAAAGCCGGAAUUACCUCAGCAAUGGCCACUAGAACAUCUCUCAAAGAUGAAGAGCUGAAAUCUCAUGUCUAUAAGAAGACCUUGCAAGCCUUAAUUUACCCCAUCUCUUGUACAACCCCACACAACUUUGAAGUGUGGACAGCCACAACUCCUACCUACUGCUACGAAUGUGAGGGGCUGCUGUGGGGCAUCGCACGGCAGGGAAUGCGCUGCGGGGAGUGCGGGGUCAAGUGCCACGAGAAGUGCCAAGACUUGCUCAACGCUGACUGCCUGCAGAGAGCAGCGGAGAAGAGCUCAAAGCAUGGAGCUGAAGACCGGACCCAGAAUUUCAUCAUGGCCAUGAAGGAUCGCAUGAAAAUCCGGGAGCGGAACAAGCCUGAGAUCUUUGACUUGAUCAGAGAUGUGUUUUGUGAGAGCAAAAUGACACACGCUCAGCAAAUGAAGACAGUGAAACAGAGCGUGCUUGAUGGUACCUCAAAAUGGUCAGCAAAGAUCACAAUCACAGUGGUGUGUGCUCAGGGUCUGCAGGCCAAAGACAAGACUGGGUCCAGUGAUCCAUACGUGACUGUUCAAGUGGGUAAAACAAAGAAGAGGACAAAAACGAUCUUUGGGAAUCUGAACCCUGUAUGGGAAGAGAAGUUUUACUUUGAGUGCCAUAAUUCCUCUGACCGGAUCAAGGUGCGAGUGUGGGAUGAAGAUGAUGACAUCAAGUCUCGUGUCAAGCAGAGGCUGAAACGCGAGUCAGAUGAUUUCCUGGGGCAGACAAUUAUUGAAGUUCGCACUCUGAGUGGAGAAAUGGAUGUGUGGUACAACCUUGAGAAGCGAACAGAUAAGUCUGCAGUGUCUGGGGCUAUCCGCCUGCAAAUCAGUGUGGAGAUCAAAGGCGAGGAGAAGGUGGCUCCAUAUCAUAUUCAGUACACUUGCCUUCAUGAGAACCUCUUUCACCAUCUCACAGAUGUGCAAGGGAAUGGGGUGGUGAAGAUCCCUGAUGCCAAAGGAGAUGAUGCAUGGAAGGUGUAUUUUGAUGAGACAGCCCAAGAGAUCGUGGAUGAAUUUGCAAUGCGUUAUGGCAUUGAGUCAAUAUACCAGGCCAUGACGCAUUUUGCGUGUCUCUCCUCUAAAUACAUGUGUCCAGGCGUGCCAGCUGUGAUGAGCACCUUACUUGCCAAUAUCAAUGCUUAUUAUGCACACACCACUGCCUCCACAAAUGUGUCUGCUUCGGACCGCUUUGCAGCCUCCAAUUUUGGGAAAGAACGAUUUGUGAAGCUUCUGGACCAGCUUCAUAAUUCACUUCGGAUUGAUCUCUCAAUGUACAGGAAUAACUUCCCAGCCAGCAGCCGUGAACGGCUGCAGGACCUGAAGUCUACAGUGGAUUUGCUCACCAGCAUCACUUUUUUCAGGAUGAAGGUCCAAGAGCUGCAGAGUCCACCCCGAGCCAGCCAGGUAGUGAAGGACUGUGUAAAGGCUUGCCUCAACUCCACCUACGAGUACAUUUUCAACAACUGUCAUGAGCUGUAUAGUCGGGAGUACCAGACAGAUCCUAACAAAACUCAGGACCUUCCUCCCGAGGAACAGGGCCCCAGCAUAAGGAACCUUGAUUUCUGGCCCAAGCUCAUCACUUUGAUAGUUUCCAUCAUAGAAGAGGAUAAGAACUCUUAUACCCCAGUCCUGAAUCAGUUUCCUCAGGAGCUUGCAGUUGGGAAGAUCAGUGCAGAGGUCAUGUGGAGUCUUUUUGCCCAGGAUAUGAAAUAUGCCAUGGAAGUUCUGGAUAACAUGAGCUCAUUCACCUCACCAAGUGCCCCUCCUUUCUUUCGAAUACGUAAAGUUCUCUUUUAUGGUGAGCAUGAGAAACACAGACUGUGUAAAAGUGCAGACUAUAUGAAUUUACACUUCAAAGUGAAGUGGCUGUACAAUGAAUACGUUUGUGAUCUGCCUGCCUUCAAGGGAAAAGUGCCUGAAUAUCCAGCGUGGUUUGAGCAGUUUGUGAUGCAGUGGCUGGAUGAAAAUGAAGAUGUUUCCUUAGAUUUCCUGCAUGGUGCUCUGGAGAGAGAUAAGAAAGAUGGGUUCCAGCAAACAUCGGAGCACGCUCUGUUCUCUUGCUCAGUGGUGGAUGUGUUCACCCAGCUCAACCAGAGCUUUGAGAUCAUUAAGAAGCUGGAGUGCCCAGACCCUGUCAUUGUUGCUCACUACAAUAGGAGGUUUGCUAAGACUAUUGGUAAAGUGCUGAUGCAGUAUGCUGACAUACUCUCCAAGAGCUUUGAGUCCUACUGUUCCAAGGAGAAACUGCCCUGCAUCCUGAUGAACAACAUCCAACAACUGCGGGUGCAGCUGGAGAAGAUGUUUGAAGCUAUGGGUGGUAAAGAGUUGGAUGCAGAAGCAAGUGACCAUCUCAAAGAGCUCCAGGUGAAGCUGAACAAUGUUUUGGAUGAGCUCAGUGCAGUGUUUGGUAACAGCUUUCAGACUCGGAUUGAUGAGUGUGUCAAGCAAAUGUCUGAUAUCCUCUGUCAAGUGAAAGGGACAGCAAAUUCUGCUGCUAAUGCCAGAAACACAGUUGCACAAGAUGCAGAUAAUGUCCUGAGACCACUGAUGGACUUCCUGGAUGGAAACCUGACAUUGUUUGCGACUGUGUGUGAAAAGACAGUGUUGAAACGGGUGCUGAAAGAGCUCUGGAGGGUGGUAAUGAACACCAUGGAGAAGCUGAUUGUGCUGCCUCCUCUUACAGACCAUACGGGCACACAGUUGAUUUUCAGUGCUGCUAAGGAACUGGGACACUUGUCAAAGUUGAAGGAUCAUAUGGUGAGAGAAGAAACCAGGAGCCUCACUCCAAAGCAGUGUGCUGUCCUGGACCUGGCACUGGAUACAAUCAAACAAUAUUUCCAUGCUGGUGGCAACGGUCUGAAGAAAACCUUCUUGGAGAAGAGCCCAGACCUGCAGUCACUUCGAUAUGCUCUCUCCCUCUACACUCAGACCACGGACACUCUCAUCAAAACGUUUGUCCAAUCUCAGACAGCUCAGGUGCAUGAUGGGAAAGGUAUAAGGUUUACCACUAAUGAGGACGUUCUUCCUGAUAAGGGCUCUGGUGUUGAUGAUCCCGUGGGAGAAGUGUCCAUCCAGAUUGACCUGUACACCCACCCAGGAACUGGGGAGCACAAGGUCACGGUGAAAGUUGUGGCAGCCAACGACCUGAAGUGGCAGACAUCUGGCAUGUUCCGUCCAUUUGUUGAAAUCACCAUGAUUGGGCCCCACCAGAGUGACAAGAAGAGGAAGUUCACAACCAAGUCGAAGAGCAACAACUGGGCUCCAAAAUACAACGAAACCUUUCAUUUCAUCCUGGGGAAUGAAGAUGGCCCCGAUGCCUACGAGCUCCAAGUCUGUGUGAAGGAUUACUGCUUUGCCCGGGAGGACCGGGUUCUGGGGAUAGCAGUGAUGCAGCUCAGAGAUAUAGCAGACAAAGGAAGCUGUGCUUGCUGGUGCCCCCUCGGGCGCAGGAUUCACAUGGAUGAGACUGGACUCACAAUCCUGAGGAUUCUCUCUCAGAGAACCAAUGAUGAAGUUGCCAAGGAAUUUGUGAAGCUGAAAUCUGAGUCCCGCUCCACAGAGGAAGGCACCUGAGCUGAGCUGUGUAAUGUUCCCUUUCCUCUUCUGCCUUGUGCCAAUAUGUGCAAGUGUUCAACAAUUCUCUUUUAUUAAUUGCAAAAGGUUUUUUUCAUGUUGUCUUUGUCAGCUCCGAUAGCGCACGUGUGCUGUAUAGGAAACAAAUCCAUCAAUCUGAUGUGAAUUAUUUAUUUUUUAGUAGCUGGGUAAGACACCGUAGAGAAUGAGACAAUCUCUUCUUAUUUAACAUGUAAAUUCUGCUUUGUGUAUAUAAAUUAUUUUAUAUUGGAGGCUGGAGUUGCUGGGUUUUGUUGAUAUGCAGCACUGUGAUUUUAUCCUCUGAAUUUGGCAGGCAUUAAAAAGGUUCUGCAUAAUCACACUACGAUGCAAACACACAACUGUGUGGAAAUUGGGAGGAGAUGAUUUGGAGGGGUUGACAAAGCACAGUUAUCUCUCAUUGAAUUCACGUACUGUGGAGCUGCCUGGGGAUCUUCUGACACAGAUUAUGCCAACGUGAUAUACAGACACCUCAACAUCUGCUUAAAAAAGAGGUUGCAGAUGGCUCUGAAGAUGCACACCGAAUGAAUGUAUGUCCACGGAUGUGCUGCUGUGAGCGCGGGCAAGACCAGGGCCACGAGCCCGGGGUGGGGCCUGAGAUGUCGUAGCCAAAAGCUGCAUAAGGCAGCACACCAGGAGCAGGCUGCAGCUGCCCUGCCACUGUAAUUAGCUGGUGUGUCUCGGAGAGUACAAAUCCCCACGUGCUGCUGGGAGUCCCUGAUGGCCGUGGGGGUGCUGUAAGCUGCUCAGCUCCGUAAGGCACGCUCGGGCUGCCGUGACCGACACGGUCGGGAAGGGAUCAGCGUUAGAAUCGUAGAGUUAGAGCCAUGGCGAAUCACAUGGCUGCUAUGUGCUUUUUCCACUUCAAUAUUCUUUUGUUAGUGUUUGACAGAAGAUUGGAUAAUUUAAUAUCGCAGGCUUUCUGUAGCAUUUUAUUACCCUGGAGUAGCUAAGACCAUUCCUCACUAUGAACCCAGAAAUGACGGCUUGCUUGGAAGAGAGGAGCACACCUCCCCUCUGCAAGCCCUCAGUCUGGAGUGCUGGUCAAGGGGCAGCACGUCCAUUCGCUUCUGAUCUUGGAGAUGCUGUUGGCCGUGCUGUGAUUGACCCAUGCUGAUUGUCAUUAAUCUUAUAAUACCAUUGACAAUACCAUUGAAAUAUUUUUGCACUGUCUUAAAGAAGCGUCCUGCUUUUGUUUUCUUAAAAAACAAAACACUGUCCUGAGCAAAGUAAUUGCAGGGAGGUCAGAAUUUCUGACUGAAAAUUCGCAAGAAGGAAGGUCUGGAGUGGUGAUUGCACCUGAGGCAUGUUUGUUGGAGGGUUUUUAUUGGGGAUAUUUUUGCUUUUCCAGCUGCCCUUGUGCUCUGGAAAGUGCAGCUGGAACAAGCCAGUCCUUGCCCAUAAAGUACUGUAAUACUGUCAAUAAAUUCAAGGACUGCAUAUUGAAUGACUUUUUUUUUUUUUUUUCUUUCUAUUUUCUCUGACACUUGUGCAGCUGUAUGAUGUGACUCCUGUAUUUCAUGGGCCUGCUUGUAGAGUUCUGAGACAGCACAUCUGCUUUGUUCUUGUCCAUGAUGUAAUAAUGCUCUUCAAAACUCCAUGCUAUUUGUCAUGAUUUUGAAUCAUUGUACGUGCCAUUGUUACGAGAACUGUUAGUAUGGUCUUUAAUAAACUCUUUUAGCAGCA